AUGGCGCCCGCAGCCACAGACACGCAGUGGUCAGUCGAUUAUGACACCCUGCGCCGGGAGAAACUGUUCCAGAACCCUCCCACGGAUCACACGGCCUACCCAUCUCUGGCCGAGUCAAUCCGCCCGCAUAUCGAUUCCUUCAAUGCUCUCUUCGAAGAUAGCAAGAUCCUGGAGGCAGGACUCAGGGAUAUCGGGACCAAGACCUUCCUCGACGGUGAACUCGAGACCUAUGAACAGAAGAAGGCUCGGCAAGCAGAAGGCAUUCGCCCACCGAAGCGCAACCGCCUGAACGUUCGCGUGCGUGAAAUCUUCCUCGAAAAGCCCACCCUGCCCCCCACAAAUAAGUACACCACCCGCAACCGUGAAAUCUACCCUUCGGAGUGCCGAGAGCGCCAUGCGACCUACCGUGGUAAGCUCCGCGCUCGUCUCGAGUACCAGGUCAACAAUGGAGACUGGAUGGAGUCUGUCCGCGAGCUGGGUAAUGUCCCGAUCAUGGUGCGCACCAACAGGUGUCAUCUCGAAAAGGCGACUCCUGAGGAGCUUGUCCGACACAAGGAAGAAUCGGAGGAACUGGGCGGUUUCUUCAUCGUUAACGGUAACGAGAAGCUUAUCCGUAUGCUGAUCGUCGGCAAGCGCAACUAUCCCAUGUCCAUUAUUCGUGGCUCGUUCGUCAAGCGUGGUCAGACUUAUACAAAGUUUGGUGUUCAAAUACGCUCGGUCCGUCCCGAUCAGACAUCGCAGACCAACGUGCUUCACUACCUCUCCGAUGGAAACGUCACUUUCCGUUUCUCAUGGCGCAAGAAUGAAUAUCUCAUUCCCGUCAUGAUGAUCCUCAAGGCGCUCGCCGAGACCAAUGACCGCGAAAUUUUCGAGGCCAUUGUCGGUGGUGCUUCCUCCAAGGGUUUGAAAAAUACUUUCGUCACAGACCGUGUCGAGCUUUUGUUGAGAACAUACCACGCCUACCAGAAGCACAGCCAGUACGACUGCCGGUCCCACCUGGGCAAGGCUUUCCGACCUGUCCUGGGAGUUCCCGCCGAUAUGCCGGACGAGGAAGUCGGCACGGAGUUCCUUCGCAAGGUCGUUCUCCCUCAUCUGGGAAAUGAGAAUGUCACCGAGGCCCAAGACUGGGAUAAAUUCAAGCUGAUUACCUUCAUGAUCCGCAAGCUUUACUCCACGGUCGCAGGAGACUGUGCACCCGACAACCCCGAUGCCGUUUCCAACCAGGAAGUCCUGCUUGGUGGUUUCCUCUACGGAAUGAUUCUCAAGGAACGUAUCGAGGAGUGGCUCCGAUCGUUCGGCCCCAUUGCUAGAGAUUGGUCUAUCCGCAACAACGGCGCAAAGUUCACCGAUGACGCCUUCGAGCGCGACUUCCUCUCCAAGAUCGUCAAGCGCUCAAAUGAGAACAUUGGUAAUGCGCUCGAGUACUUCCUCUCCACGGGUAACUUGGUCAGUCCCACUGGUCUUGAUUUGCAGCAAACUUCGGGUUACACCGUCAUUGCCGAGAAGAUCAACUUCUACCGUUUCAUCAGUCACUUCCGCAUGAUUCACCGUGGUAGUUUCUUCGCCCAGCUGAAGACUACCACUGUUCGCAAACUGCUUCCGGAAAGUUGGGGUUUCCUUUGCCCCGUUCACACUCCUGAUGGAUCGCCUUGCGGUCUGCUCAACCAUUUGUCUCACAAGUGUUUGAUCGCUACGGAUAAUCUGGAUGUGUCUCACCUGCCUCGGAUUUUGGUCCAACUUGGUGUCCGGUCCGAGUCUUCCGUGGCUUUGGAUGAGAGUGUGGUCGUCCAGUUAGAUGGCAGGAUCAUUGGUUACUGCUCGCCCAAGCAGGCCCAGAAGAUCGCCGAUACCAUUCGUUACUGGAAGGUGGAGGGCAAGCACAACAUCCCUCGCCAACUGGAAGUUGGAUACGUUCCCAACUCAAGUGGCGGUCAAUACCCCGGUAUCUACAUGUUCUCCCAGUCAGCGAGAAUGUACCGCCCUGUCAAGUAUCUGGCGUUGGAUAAGCUGGAUUACGUCGGACCGUUCGAGCAGCCCUUCAUGGAGAUUGCCUGUGUCGAGUCUGACCUGAUUCCCGGUCUUUCAACACACAUCGAAUUCACACCGACGAACAUCCUUUCCAUUGUCGCCAACAUGACCCCCUUCUCCGACUACAACCAAUCUCCACGUAACAUGUACCAGUGCCAGAUGAGCAAACAGACCAUGGGUACGCCAGGUACCUCGAUCGCAUACCGUACCGACAACAAGUUGUACCGCAUUCAAACCGGUCAAACUCCAAUUGUGCGGCCGCCUCUUUACAACGCCUACGGCUUGGAUAACUUCCCCAACGGCAUGAACGCUGUUGUGGCCAUCAUCUCCUACACCGGAUACGACAUGGACGACGCCAUGAUUAUCAACAAAUCCGCACACGAGCGUGGCUUCGGUCAUGGUACGGUUUACAAAACCAAGGUCCUCAGCUUAGCCGAGAACGAUUCCCGCCGCGGCAAGUCCAAGCGCGAGGUCUCCAAGCUGUUUGGAUUCGCCCCUGGCGACGAGAUUAAGGAGCAAGUGCGCAACACCCUCGACGAAGACGGAUUGCCGCACCUGGGUGCUCGCGUCAAGGAGGGUGAUAAGAUCGCCGCCUGGCACAAUGUCCGCUUCGAUCCCGCCUCCGACUCUUAUGUCAACGUUGACGGAAUUACGCACUACCUGAAGUACAAGGACGCGGAAGAAGGCUACGUUGACAGCAUUCGCAUCAUGGGUGCCGAGUCUGGCAACGAGCCCGCCCAGUCGCUGAGCGUCAAGUUCCGUAUCCCCCGAAAGCCGGUCAUCGGUGACAAGUUCUCCUCUCGUCACGGACAGAAGGGUGUUUUGUCUCAACUGUGGCCUGCAGUCGACAUGCCCUUCUCCGAGAGCGGCAUGCAGCCUGAUCUGAUCAUUAACCCUCACGCUUUCCCAUCUCGUAUGACAAUCGCCCAAAUGAUCGAAUCCAUGGCCGGCAAAGCCGGUGCCAUGCACGGCCUCCCCCAAGACUCCACCCCCUUCCAAUUCUCCGAAGAAAACACCGCUACCGACUACUUCGGCGAACAACUCCGCAAAGCCGGCUACAACUAUUACGGCAACGAGCCCCUCUACAGCGGCAUCACCGGCCGCGAGUUCUCCGCCGACAUCUACAUGGGUCUCGUCUACUACCAGCGUCUCCGUCACAUGGUAAACGACAAGUUCCAAGUGCGUACCACCGGUCCCGUGAACGCCCUAACCGGCCAACCCGUCAAGGGUCGUGCCAAGGGCGGUGGUAUCCGUGUCGGAGAAAUGGAACGUGAUUCCCUCAUUGCCCACGGCGCCGCCUUCCUGCUGCAAGAUCGUCUCAUGAACUGCUCCGACGCCCAGCACACCUGGAUCUGUCGUGGCUGUGGCUCGUUCCUGUCGACCCAGGUUGCUGUCUCGGGCUCCUCGCGUUCCCGGACUGCGCUCAACCCUGGUGCGGCUGCGGCAGCUGCUAAGGCGGCUCCGAAUCAGCAGAGUAACCAUGCUAAUGCGGUGGCGGCUGUUGGUGCGGUUGGUGGUGUUAAUGGUGUUGUGCGUUGUCGUCGUUGUGCGCGUGAGGCGACCUUUGAGGAUUCUAGGGCUGAGAUUUGGGAGGAUGGGAAUGGGCAGCGGUAUGUCGGUGGUGAUAAUGUUACUAUCGUGGCUGUGCCUGGUGUGCUGCGGUACUUGGAUGUCGAGUUGGCGGCUAUGGGUAUUCGCAUGAAGUUCUGGGUGGAUAACUGA